AUGAAAGUGCCUGACCAUGUACCCUCCUUGUACAGAAUCCACCAAUUCCGCAAAAUAUGGCACGCUCUUCUGAAGACCUGGAAGGGGUGCCUCGACGAGAAUAGCAAGGAGUUCAAAUCCGCGGUCCGCUAUGUCUGGAAACGCUUAUGUCGCGAGUGCUGGUCCCCAGGGAAAGUCCUGGAUGGGAAAUUUGACGAGAACAUUGCGUCAGGGAUUCGACAACUCCAACUCCGUGGCAACCCUGCUCUCGCAAACAAGGACCUAGACCAGGCUUUGGUGGGUAUACUGUCUAAGGCUCGCGAGCUUCGGGAGGUUAUACUCAGCGGUCAGUUCAUGGUCCAUAUCGACGCAGAGGCAACUCAUUUCGACGGGGAGAAAUUCCUCCCGCCCUUGGUUAUAGUGUCCUCUGAGAAGUUCGGGGAUACAUGGGAAGGACGUGUUGCGUCCCAGAUCCCAGGUUCCUGGAUGUCACUUCGUGGAGCGAAGUUUGGUGUCAAACAUUGA